AGAGGAAGUAAACAAACCGCGGGCGGGAAACACACAAAUUAGCUCUAUCUUUUAUACGAGUGGAAUAAAUGUACUUUUAUUGUCCGGACUGUAGAAACUAGUCAACAUGGUUCAAGAGUUUCAUGUUCUGAGAUGUUUCUCCUGUCAAACCUUCCAAGUUCAGCAGGUGAAGAAGAGCAAGAGAUGGGUGUGUAAAGUGUGUGGAGAGAAGCAGUCGCUGAAGAAGGAGUUUGGUCGGGGGGCGGCAGUGGACUGUAGACGGCACGUUCAGAAGCUCAAUGCUCUGCGAGGACGACUGGAGGACACACACACACUCGGGUCACAGUGGGAACAGGAGGAUGAGGAGGAUGAGGAUGAAGGUCCGGAUCAGGAGAACGCAUCUCAGGAAGUGUGUCAUCAUGUGAGCCGCUGGAGUAAAUACACACCCGAGGCUGCAGAGGAAGAGGAGGAGGAGGAAGAGGAGGAGCAGGUGUACACACACACACAGAGGUUCAGGAGCCAGGGAACCAGAAAGAGGAAGAAGAGUUCUGGCCCGUACGGUGUGUGUGAGGAAGAGCAGUCCUGGACCCGCGGCUCGGGGUUUAAGAGGCCGGAUCUGCGCGACAGGAGGAUCAGUGCGGGGUCAGAUGAUCUCCCAGCAUCCCGUCCGGCUGUUCACAGCUCCACACACACUGCUCCGGUGGCUGCGCCUCAGAGGACCGAGACGGACUCCAGGUGGGACAGGUUCCUCCGAGCGGCUCCCACUCACCCGGACGAGGAAGAGGAGGAUGAAGCUGAUCCUGACACACUGAUGGCUUUUCCCACAGGAUCUCCUGCCGAUGACCAGACGAGUGUGUGGGGCAUUCCUGCGGACCGACCUCUCUCCAGUAAAACCAGCAGUCACACACACAAGCCUGCAGGCUCUGCACACACACACACACUCUGUGAACGGGCCAACACCCCAAAGCUUUCGUACAACCCCCUGUUCCUCACUGAUGAAGACUUCGACGACACGUUUUGAAGGAUAAGAUGCAUUCUGUCUGAAACAUUUACUUUUAAGGGUGUUUAACGAACGAAGUUAUGAGAUGUUUCAAUGUUCUCUUCAAUAAAUAUAGCGAUGCAUUG